AUGGCCCGGGCACUGAUUGUGGUCACUCUCUUGUUGCUCCUGCCUCCUAGCCUUGGGGAGCCGUCUCCUGUCUCUAGAUCUCCAGGCCCACAUCUGGAAGAGAGGCUCACAUCUGGAGAGUUAACUCUGGCUCCUGGAGCUUCAGAUGCUCACCUCAUACCUGGGAAGCUGCGUCCGACCCACAGGACCAAGAGGCCAUGGCUAGGGGACCCUCCGUUGCCAUCUGUUUCAAGAGCUCGGCUAACUCGGGCACUGCCCGUGUUAGCCACUGAAUGUCAGCUGCAGAGCUUGCUGCUGUCGGUGAAGGAGCUGGGUCUGGGCUACGAUUCUGACGAGAUCAUCGCCUUCCGCUACUGUGCCGGCAGCUGUCACCGUCCCCACAGCCGCCAUGGCCUGACGCUGGCUAGGCUUUUGGAUGAGGGCCGGGUGAUGGGCCAGCCCUGCUGCCACCCCACGCAGUAUGAGGAUGUGGCCUUCCUAGACAACGACCAGCACUGGCACCACCUUCCCCAGCUCUCUGCUGCUGCCUGUGGCUGUGGAAUCUGA